CAGUUUAUUUCUAAAGCUCAUUUAAAAACAGCAACAAGGCUGACCAAAGUGCUGUACAAUACAAAAAUAAAAAGACCAAAGGAUAACAUAAAAAGAAGCAGAGAAGAACAAAACAAGACAUUACAAUGUAUCUGAGAACAGAUAUGUUUUAAGACUAGAUUUGAAUGCAGAUAAGGUAGAAGCAACCCUUAUGUGAUUUGGAAGGGUGUUCCAUAAAGUGGGGUCCAGCCACAGCAAAAGCUCUGUUACUUUAAGUGAGUUCUUGGAUUUUGGAGCAAGUUUUGAUCUUCAGAUCUUAGGCUUCUAGGGGUAGAGUAAAUUAGAUAGAUAGCUCGGUGUUUGAUUAUGUAAAGAUUUAUAGACAGGUAAUAGGAUCUUAAACUCAAUUCUAAAUUGAACUCACAACCAUUGCAGGUAUUUCAGAAGAGGAGUGAUAUGCGAGAUUUUUUUACAUCCUUUCAGAAAUCACGCUGAUGCAUUUUGAACCACUUGUAAACAAGAAAUUUGAGACUUUAAAAUACUGUAAUAAGAGUUGCAAUAGUCCAGCCCAGUUGAAAUAAAACCAUGGAUUACAACUUCCAAAGACUUCUCAGAUAGAAACAGCUUAAUUUUAGCAAGUAAGUGGAGAUCAAAGAAACUAGAACCAAUCACAGAACUAAUGUUUAUUAUACUUAAGAGAAAUGUCAAACUCCACACAUUUCCUCACAUAAGGAGAAACAAAAGGUUGUAGAUAUAUCCAAGAGAGGCCAAAACAAUAACCUCUGUUUUAUCUGCAUUCAAAAAAAAAAAAAAACAUGUUUUUACAAAGCCAACAUUUAACCUCAUCCAAACAGGCAAACAGGAAAUUUAAAGCAAUAUGAUUAUUCCGAGCCACAGGCAGGUAGAUUUGCGACUCAUCAGCGUAGCAAUUAAAAGAAACCCCAUGUUUCCUAAAGAUGGAACCCAGGGGAAGCAUAUUGUGAAAAAAGAGCUGGUGAUAAGACAGAACCCUGUGGCACUCCACAAGACUGAGAAUUUUCUGUUAGUUAAAAAACACUUAAGCUAUUUAUACUGUUCCUCCCAAGCCCACACAAGAUAUUAAUCUGGAGAUAAGAAUCUUGUGAUCAGGUCUAACUUAACUAAAAUAACAGAGUUACCGAAAUCUGUAGCAAUUAAAAUAUCUUAAAAGGGCAGUUUCAGUUCUAUGUCAUGACUUAAACCCAGAUUGAAAUUCUUCAAAAAUUUGAUGAUCACUUUUACAACACCUUAGAAAUAAAAGGUAAGGCAGAUAUAAGAAAAAUGUUUGCUACAGUUGCAUCGAGUGAAGUUUUUUUUUAGCACAGGUGUAACAGUGGAUAAUUUCAGUCUAUCUGGGACAGACCCAGUUUGCAAACUUUUAUUUAUAAAUGACACCAACACCAGACCCAUGCAGUCCACUAUAUGUUUUAAGUAUCGAGGAUAGAUUACAUCGUUCGGACAUAAGGAAUGUUUAAGGUUUGAAAUUAUUUUUUGAGUAAUUGUAAGGAAACAACAUCAAAAGUAGACCAAGAGGCUGACACUGAAUUCAUAACAGAAAACAAUAUUUUCAGAGUACAAUAGUGUUUAGUAAUCAAAUUUGAAAAGUAAGUAGCCAUAGCUUUCUUGACAGCUCUUUCAUACGUAGACAUCAGUUAAAAUUUCAUAGGAGAUUUGUAAUUUGUCUUUUUUCCAUUUUCUUUCAUGCAUGUUUGUCUCAAAGUGCGAAUAUUUUGACUAAGCCAAGGUUCUGACUUGGGUUUUGAAUGGAAGUGUAUAUUUAAUUAUUAUAAAAUAAUAAAAUGAGUAACUAGCAAUGACCAAGAACCACCUUACCAAGCAUCUAGGUCUUACACACCUUAGCAACUGCAUAGAAGUACACUGGCAACCAAUCGUGGUGAAAACAAGCACUUUCGUCAAAAAAAUGGGAAAAUCUGCUUAUAACUUGUGAAAAAAUUCCCAUUCUCUCUUCCCUCAUUCUUUUUCUUGUAAUUUUUCCUUCUGUUUUAUUGUGCCCUCACUUCUCCAGUAGCCCGUGGUGAAAAUUACAUUGUAUUGCAUCCUCUCAGGCCUGUCCCCCCUCUCUCUUUCUCUCUCUCUCUCUCUCUCUCUCUCUCUCGGCCUCUCACAGCUCUCGUUCAGUCAACAGACUGUAAAGAAUAAAUAAUAAAAAAGUAUUGAUUAUUUUGAUGACUUCACAAUUCAAUUAGGUAUUAAUUUUGCCCUCCACUGGACCUAUCAGGCAGCUCAAAGGGGAGAGAAGGGAUGGGAGGAGGGAGGGAUAGAUGGAUGUUGUGUCUUAAAUGAAUGCAGCGUUAGAGCGGCGUUCUGAGAUAGAGGGGCACAUCGAUGCGUCGGUGAGUCGCUUGUGCAUAAGUGCACUGAGAAAAACUCCAGUGAAGCGAUGACAAGAGACAUUGUUGCAAAGCAUAUGAGUAUUGACCAAGCAAGCCGUACCACGAAUGACAGCCUAAACUAUUCCUAUUGAUUAACAUUUUCAUAGAUUAUCAUGUGUCAUAUCAAACUCUCAUGCACUCCAUCUGAUAAGCACAUUAACAGAGGCCCCACGGGCUGCCAUUCAUCGACCCUCCUGAGGACGAGAAGAGGUGGGGCAGAAUUAAGGGGGGCAGAAGCCCCGUGAUGGCUCUUGAUUUCCUCCUUUCCCUGCGAGGCUCGAUCCAAACUGGUCAUCUGGCCCCCCAUCUCAGACUCAUUUGGGCAGAAACGACUCUAUAAAUAAGGGAGCUUGAAAAGAGAAAAGCUGCUUUUUUUGCCCUCCCCAUGUCUACACAUUUGUUUGUGCGUCUCACCAUCAGAAGGUGUGGGGGGAGGUACUUCUGAAGCGCACGAGAGAGAGAGAGCGCGAGAGAGAGAGAGUGGAGGUGACAUCUCGAGCAAGUCUCCAGAGGCAAUCCCAGGCUUGCACCAGCAGUGCUCACUUGAUGUAUCUGCGUUAUCCACACUGGUUUUUGGGCUUUGUGACAAGCAUGCACUGACUGAUCUCACACCACACUCUGGCAUGCUCUAACUGCUCUUGGAUUUUAGCAAAGUAAGAUUUUUGGAGCGUAAAAAUUCAACUGUUUUUCUCUUUAAUCUGGAAGCACCUUUCUGAGCUCUUCAGCACUACAACCAGCAGCAACAGCCAGAGUACCGUCAGAAAAAAAGAGAGAGAGAGCAAGCACUACCAUUGAGAGUGUUAGAAGAGGUGGAUCCGAUGAUCACAGGGCAGCUGAGCAAACCGCUGCUCCCCCUGCGUGCCGAUAUGGACGCCUGCGAGCUGCGGGAUGACGACAAAGCGGCCAGCCCGGACAGCGAGCUCAACGAGGAGCCCUUGCUGCUGUCAGCUGACACAGACUCGGAAGAGAAGAUGUAUGGUGGUCGAGUUGGUUCAGUUCAGUCUGAUGCUAGCAGCAGUCCCACAGAACAUGGUCAUAUGGGUCAAUCUCACCCCACGUACCCUCUAGGACCACAGUCUCUACUAGUUGCUCAGCAGCUGGCGUCGGCGGUUAGUGGAGUGAUGUCCGGUGGAGCUCCGGGUCUGAACCAACCCAUUCUCAUCCCCUUUAACGCUGGUGGGCAUCUGGGUGGACAGCAGGGCCUGGUUCUCUCUCUGCCCACUGCUGCCAACAUACAGGGCCUGGUGGCGGCCGCUGCUGCUGGUGGCAUCAUGACACUCCCCCUACAGAAUCUGCAAGCUACCUCAUCCCUAAACUCUCAGCUCCAGCAUCUCCAACAGCUCCAACAGCUACAGCAUCACCAGCAACAGCAUCAUCAUCAUCAACAGCAGCAGCAGCAACAACAACAACAACAACAACAGCGAGAACGAGAGCAGCGUGAAAGGGACCAACAACAACGAGAACGGGAGCAGCACCAACAUCUCUGCGGCCCAGCACAUCUCCAGCCACCCAGCCAUCAUCAGCUCACUCCUCCGAUCCAAUCACAAGUGUCUGGACCUUCUCCAGGCUCAGCCUCCACCUGUACCUCCUCUAAUCAUAGCUCAGCUCAGCCUCCCCAGUCUCCGCCCCCUCACAGGCAAAACCAUUCACCAGCUCGCAGCUUGCCAUCACCUGUCACGCCUCCUCUACCACUACAGCUCAACCCUCUGGCCAGUCAGGCAGCGGUUGCCGCGGCAGCAGCGAUGGGUUCAAUUGCUGGGUCACAGGUGUUUGGUAAUGCUCUCUCCAGCCUGCAGGGGGUCACUGGACAACUCGUCACCAAUGCACAAGGACAGAUCAUUGGUACGAUCCCUCUGAUGCCAAACUCUGUAGGACCUUCCAGCCAAUCAGGGGGCGGCACUCCCUCCCUGCAGGUCCAGCCAAUCACACCACAGCUGCUGACCAAUGCACAGGGUCAGAUUAUAGCCACUGUGAUUGGCAACCAGAUCCUGCCAGUGAUCAACACCCAGGGAAUCACACUGUCACCCAUUAAACCUGGGCAGCAGCUGCCACAGGCCGGCCAGACUUCACAGGCUCCUCCAGUUUCUCAGCCAAGUCUGCUCCGUAUGCCCCACAGCCAGAGCCCCCUCCGCCAGGCCUCUUCCUCCUCCUCAACAUCAUCAUCCUCAUCCUCGGCCCUCAGCGUUGGCCAGCUAGUCAGCAACCCUCAGACUGCACCCAGUGAGGUGGAUGGUGUAAACCUGGAGGAGAUUCGAGAAUUCGCCAAAGCGUUUAAAAUUCGCCGGCUGUCUCUGGGUCUGACUCAAACUCAGGUGGGCCAGGCCCUCAGUGCAACUGAAGGCCCUGCCUACAGCCAGUCUGCCAUCUGCAGACACACCAUCCUGAGAAGCCACUUUUUCCUACCACAGGAAGCCCAAGAGAACACUAUAGCUAGCAGUCUGACAGGCAAACUGAACCCUGGCCUUUUAUAUCCUGCCAGGUUCGAGAAGUUGGACAUCACCCCAAAAAGCGCCCAGAAGAUUAAGCCCGUGCUGGAGCGCUGGAUGGCCGAGGCGGAAGCCCGCCAUCGCUCCGGUAUGCAGAACCUGACCGAGUUUAUCGGCAGCGAGCCCUCCAAAAAGCGCAAACGGCGGACCUCUUUCACGCCACAGGCUCUGGAAAUCCUCAACAGUCACUUCGAGAAGAAUACUCACCCCUCCGGUCAGGAGAUGACCGAAAUUGCUGAGAAACUGAACUAUGAUCGUGAGGUGGUGCGCGUCUGGUUCUGCAAUAAGAGGCAAGCGUUGAAAAACACUAUUAAGAGGCUGAAACAGCCUGAGCUCGGGCCGGUCGCACCGAUGGACCCUCUGGUCGAUAAUAUGGAGGAACAUCCUUAGCUCGACAUGCACCGAUGCCGAAACUUCUGACGUUGUGGACUUAAACCUGGACAAUUUGUAUCCGAUGCAUUAUCGACUAGAUGAACUGUUGACAAAGGCAAAAAGAAAUAUUGUCAGUGUUAUCAUCACAAAAGCAAAAACCAAAAAAGUCAAGAAAAAAGAGAGUUAAAGUACUGAUUCAUAAGCAGUUUGUGAGGAGUUAAGAACAAGGAUCGUGUUUAAAUCAAGGAUGGCGAA